AUGCAAAUGUUCCGAUGUUUCCUUUACUAUUUUAUUCUGAAUUUUCUUAAUGCUCAAAGAGUACUAUUGAACAAAAUCUUGCCAUUAUCUGAGCCACUUCGACCAUCGAACAAUAUAAGAAACUUGUUAAGAAAUGCUGCCGGUUUCAAUACAGUGAUCAUCUCAAAAACGAUGUCACAAACAACACUUCUAACUCUUUGUGAUUUGCUUAGACAACAAAGAGGACUUCCACAGAAGAAUCUUGAAAUUGGAAAGAAUAGAAACCUUUGUAUGAAGCAAAAUUGGUAUCAUCAAGUCCCAUCAAAAAAUCUCAAAUGGAUAAUCAACGGAAAUAGUCCAGCGUUGAUCGUUGUUCGAGAUCCGAUUGAGAGAUUUGUUUCAAUGUAUGCAUAUCUGUGCAAAGAGAAAUACCUAUGCCCGGCUAGAAUGAAUAUUCAUCGUUUUGCAAAGUGGACAAAUCGAUUAUUGUUGAAAGUGGAUGAGAAUGAUGAAUACAAUGCUGUCCUAGGGCAUAUCCAGCCAUCAUUUUGGUUCGCUUACGAAAAUGGAGAGUCUUUGCCUGAUGGCAAUCUGGAGUUGAAGCCACAAUUGCUUGCUGCUUUGCAAAGACAUCGGAUAAAAUUACCUGAUCAACUAAUGCCAACAAUCAAUGGUGGAGCUGUUUUAGAGGAUGAUUGCAUGGGUUCCCGUUUGAGCGCAGCGCCCGAAAAGUCGAUACCAAGAUACUAUUGUGAUCUC